AUGACAACGGAGAACGACUACUACGAAGAGGAUGAAGGACUUCACUUUGAUCCCACGGAGCCAGAAGUCAUCAACUCUUAUCUUAUACCAAUGCUAAGAGGUGAGCCCAUGGAAGACUUUAUAGUGGUGAAAGAUGUUUAUGCCAAGGAGCCAUGGUUGUUGGACCACAUCAACCAUCCUUUUCUCAAGGAAGAUGAAUGGUAUUAUGUCACUCCAAAGACUCAGAUCUCUAAAGAGAAGGUUGGUUGUGGUAAGUACUCCAAGCGGAAGAUCAUCGGAGAUGGCAUUGACCGUGGGAACUGGCAUGCAAAUGGGACAGAAGAUAUCAUCGACGAGGAAACAGGGAAGGUCAUCGGGGGGGUAGUCCUCUGCAAGAUUCACAAGAAAAAAUGGUCGGAGAAGAAGAAGAAGAAGGAAAAGAAGAAGGAUCAUCAUCAUGAGGAAGAUAAGCUUGAUCAGGAGCUAGUCGACGUCGUCCCCUGCAAGGUUCACAAGAAAAGGAAUUCGAAGAAGAAGAAGGAGAAGGAUCAUGGCGAAGAAGCUUCCACUUCUAGUAAUCAUGAUCAGCAUGAUGAUGACUCUUCUUCUUUCUGGGAGCAGCAGAAAAAAGAGGCACUCGGAGGAGAGAAGGUGGAUGAGCAGGUUGAAGCCAUGGAGACUGAACGGUUUGAAGAUUGGAUUAAAGAGUUGCUGGGCAGUGAAAAUAUCUGUGAUCAGGACUUGUUUUCGAUACCCUGA